AAAAAUAUGCAUUAAUUUGUGUUUGUUUAUCUCAUAAAAUCUUUACAAAAUACAGUAAUGUAGUUAUAAUGUGAUCAAAUUGUUUUGGCACUGCCUCAUUAUUUUAUGGACAUACUUGCUGUCAGCAUAACUCUUAUAUUACUGAAAGCUGAGGCUUUUGUGACAGUCUAAUGUGGUUUAUAAAACAUCCACUAGCACAGAGUUGUGCUUUUAUUAGACUGCAUUGUUCUGCUUUACGUUGCAAAAGAUGUGCAUGCAAAGAGUAUUUGAGCUCAUUCAACAGCCUUUGCCUAUGACUGUCAAGCAGCUGUCAGCAUUUCUCUUCAUCUUGCUGUUUCACCACAUCUUCCACAUUUCCUCGCCCUAAACGUCCAAGCAGGAGUCAGUUCACAUUAACCUCAAUCUCUCCUCACCUCCACACACUGUUUCAUUGAGUCUCUGAAGCUGUCAGUCUGCGCUGCACCUUUGUGUCUGCCUCCAUUUUUUGUUCUCCUCGCAAAGCUUUCAGUGAACACUGUCAGUGUUUUCUUUUAUUUUUUUGGAGUGGGGAAGAAUAUGCCUCCAACCUAAAAGUCUAAAGACAGGUGGACACCAGUGGAAACAUCCAGGAUUAUAGAGAGAGAGAAGAUGUUGUCAGAGCCGGCUUUAAUGCACCUGAGAGACGAGUGAAAGGAGGAUGGGUGUGCAGCAAGACAAGGAAGCAUGACUGAAAAAUGACCGGUAGUAAACAGAAAAGAAACGGUGACAGAGAGAAAAGGAGAGCAGAAAUGACAGCCGCAUUAUCACUCUGCCUCCUGAUUCAAACACCACAAGUAAACGCUCUGCUCUGGCUCGUCUCAUUGGCUGCACCUCCAGCCAAUCAUAGCUCGGGAAUGCAAGGUGCCUUUAGGUUAUACCCAACCCCAAAAUAUGAGGGAGAGACAGAGAGAGGCAUGCUGUAGUGCAGAGGUUCCUCCUGUGAGGCGAGCCUCCUUGUCUCUGGUGUUCCUCCUGCAUCACAGAGAAUAAAUUACAGGCUUCCUUGCAGCAGCUUGAGUGCAUGUUGUGUUGCAGCUCAGGCUGCUGGGCUUUCUCCUCUGUCAACAGCUGGCUGAGCCGAGUGUCGAGUUCAGAGGCAGAGCAAGCUUUUUGCAAGGACGAGGAGGACGAAGAGGGGAACGAGGUUAGGGGCUAGAAAAAGUGAAAGUUGUGAUGGUGAUUGGGUUUUUCCACCUUGAGUUUUACGAGUCAGAAAUGUAGGACGCCAAAGAUUUGAGUCAUCCCUUCAGCUGACUGAGGAGUAGAGGAGUGAAACGGGAAGACAACGUGGGAAACAGAAGUGGAAGGAUUCAGGAUGAUCCUGGGAAGUGUAAACCGACCGGCGCCGGUCCCUGCCUUCCUCAGGAACCCACCUGUCCUCCCGCCGCCUCUGGACAUGAAGCCUUUCCUCCAGUUUCCCCUGGAGUCGCCUCAUCCAGCCGGCAUCGGCCUCUUCCACAACUUUAACGCUAUGGACCCGGUCCAGAAGGCUGUGAUGACGCACACCUUCGGGCCGCCUAUUGUGAAAACAAAGAGGCCGAUAAUCUCCUGCAACGUUUGUCAAAUACGCUUCAACUCAGAGAGUCAAGCAGAGGCGCACUAUAAAGGGAACCGCCAUGCUCGAAGGGUGAAGGGCAUUGAGACGUCUAAGACAUCACGUCUCCAUGACGGAGACAAACAGCAACCUCAGCCUCCAUCCUCGCCCUCCCCACCCGGCCUCACGCCGUCCAGCCCGAUAUCUGAUCCUAAUCCCAACAAGCGGGAUGAUCCUCAGUCCUGCCCCAGCCUGAAAGAUUCACCCUUGACCCCUAACCACCUCCCAACAACUCAGAUGAACUCAGCAGACGCAGAGUCGUCUGUCGGCACACCUCUGCCAUCCUCUCCCUCCUCCUCGGCAACACUCAGCAGCUCCACUGGGGACCCAGCAGCGGCCGCUCUACCUGACACCCCCUCCCCAGCACCAAGCCCGUCUUCAGGAGAGUCAGAGGAAGAAAAAGCCAAAAAGCUGCUCUACUGCUCUCUCUGCAAAGUAGCUGUUAAUUCCCUUUCACAGCUGGAGGCGCAUAACAAAGGAACCAAACACAAAACUAUCCUGGAGGCUCGAAGUGGACUGGGACCCAUCAAAGCAUACCCUCGCCUGGGUCCCAAACCCAGCCCUGAUCAGGGAGGCGAGCUCUCCUCUGAUCCAAACACUCAGGAACGCACCUUCCACUGUGAGAUAUGCAACGUCAGAGUCAACUCUGAGCUGCAGCUUAAACAGCAUAUAUCGAGCAGAAGGCAUCGGGACGGAGUUGCGGGUAAACCUAAUCCUCUUCUCAGUCGGCACAAGAAGCGCACAGACUUUAUGGAACUUCCAAAAACUCUAGGGCCUGGACUUUUACCCAGUCCUCUGGCUGUCGCCGCAGUGAUGGCGGCAGCAGCGUCGUCAAACCAACUGGCCCUACGGCCUCCUGGGCCGACUUCCCACCCUCACCCACACCUGCUACAGGGAACGCCCCUCAGCCUGCUGAGGCCAGCCCCGGGUCCCAUCCGCACCACACACGGGCCCAUCCUCUUCACUCCGUACUAACGGUGAACGAAUGGAGAAGAAUCAGCAAGAAGCACACUGUGAACUGGAGGCAAUCAUGUGCCAUUGAGAGCCAAACUGGCUGGUCUGGCUGCACUUUUUUUAUUUAUAGAAGAUAUAAAUAUUACUCCUCAUUGUGUUGAGAUGUUUCUAUCCUCUCGAGUUUUCCUUUAACACCUGAGUAUCAGCUGGUGAUCAAAAUCUACGAGCCGAUCGUUUGAAGAGGACGUCUUCGAGUCUGCAGCUAGAUGUCUUCAACUCUUACACAAGUGUCCAAAUACAUUCAUGCUUCUUGAAGUUUUUUAACCGUUUCACUGGGAUUUUAUGUGACGGACCAACACAACGUUCACAAAAUAUCACAAAAAAGAAAUCUGAAAACGGUAGUGUUCAUUUGUUUUCAGCCCCUCAAAGUAAAAAUGUCCAGAACUACAUUCUGUCGCCGUUUUUCUAUCAACUUUUUAAAUAAAGAAACUCAAAUCUUUGCUCGAUCUUAUAGAGCCCAAUCUCAGUCAGACUGGAGCAGCUGUACGUUUCUCACUGCAGAAAUGAAAUUUGAAACUAAAGAAACUAAAACUAAAUCUGAGUCGGUCAGAUUUAGUUCUGGACUUUGCACCAUCACCACUCGCUGUUAUUUUGCUGUAUUUUGGCAUCAAUCUGAUACCAGGUAAAUACAGGGCCAGUACCGCUGAUACAAAUACCGAUAUUAAUUAUUUAAGCAUGACAACAUCAAACUUUUGUGGUUUUUCCUUUGAAUUAUUUUGUUAAUUCAAAACAAACAAUUCUAGGACAGAAUUUAGAUAAAGUAUGUUGGUGUCUACAAAAUACUUUAAUAACAUAUUUACGUGAUGAGAAGAAACAUUGAAAAAUCAAAACAAAUUUGUGUGCAG